CUUUUGUUGCUAAAAUCAUGAAAAUUAUGUCUUUAGACUUCUUUCAACAAUAUUAUUUCUAUUUAAGUUUACUUUAAAAAGUAACCAUUAUUUGCGGCGAGUGCAUUGGUGAUCCAAGAGGAAUCUUUUAUAUUAUGGUUGAAGAGAAAAAUUAGACAAUCCAUCAUGCUAAAUAUAUGAUAUAAAUACUUCUUUGUUUCUGUGAAAAGCAUAAAGGUUGUGAUUUCUAUAAUUCCAAAUAAGUCACUGUAAUUUUUGUCUCCAGUGGUGACUAUUGAAACAGAUUUUGAAAUAUAAAAAUAAACAAUUCUAUUUAAUUUUUAUAACAUUAUGAGAUAUUCACAGAUCAAUUCUAUCGAUAAUUGAGUCCGUUCUACAUAACUAUUUGUCGAAUGUCCUGUACUGAAUAAAUAUCAUAAACAAAAGAUGCACACACAAAACAAGAGACGAAAUAUCAAGUUCCAAACUAAUUUCAAACUAAAUAACCUUAUAUUAGAUCUUUAAGCAAAUGAUUAAAUAAACUAGAAUAUGAAAUUUUAUCUUACUUGGUUAAGGUUUUUUCUACAAUGGAACACGACAGUGAUUCUUCAAGACAAUCGACAAAACCUGCAGCAACGACCAGGAAAAAGACAUUCCGUUCAUCAGGCGUUGUCAUUGUUCUUGUGCUAUUUCUUUUCGGCUACUCAGCUUUAACGAUGAAUCACAGUCGUUCUGUUUAUGAAGGAGGUACAAUACCGCCUCCUGUAGAAGUUGCAUCAAGAGCAGGUCCAAAACAUCGCACAUUCCAUGUCAAUACCGAAGGCAGUUAUGCUGCCUCGAGUGACAAUAGGGAGGGAAAUGGAAUCAAACCACAGGAACCCAAAGAUGUUAACAUGACUCUGAUAGAAUCUUUUCCUGAUAAAAUAACGGCGUCAAUUGGUGAUAAUGUUGUCAGCAAGGCUAAAAUCAUUUUAAUUAUAGCAUAUAUGAGAACUGGUUCUACUCUAACUGGUGCUAUCUUCCAGAGUUUUCCAGGAACAUUCUAUGUCUUCGAGCCAAUUAGGCUUAUUGUAGGUUCCUUUAAUAGUAUGGCACGCAACAAAAUGCAUCGAGGAACAUUAAAGUAUGCCAAUGGGACACAAAGAAACGUGUUGCUAAAGGAUAAACAAAGUAUUAUACUGGACGAAAUUAAUAGCUGGCUAAAUUGUAAACUAACAGCCUUAAAUAUACAUACAUUGUCAAAUCCCCAUCAUGCACAGCAUACAAAUAUCAUGGGAGCGUUUACAAAUUGCACGAAAGAAGAAAAGAAGAAACAAACGCCUAAUUUGCGAAGAUGUUUCGAUGAAGCAACAAGUUUGUGUAAGAAGGCACCGUUGAGGAUUAUAAAAUUUAUACGUUUAAAGAUGAAAGACGCUGCAAAGUUGUUAUUAUUAUAUCCCAAUUUGAAAAUAAUUCAUUUAGUAAGAGAUCCUAGAGGUAUUAUGAACUCUAGAUUCAAAAUUCAUAUGGCGUCAGAGGGUAAAAUAAAAUCUCAAGCAGACGGACAUUGUACAACAGUUUAUGAAAAUCUGAAAAUUUCAAAAGAAAUAACAUCUGAAUUUCCAGGCAGACUAAAAAUCAUUCUCUACGAGGAUUUGGCUGAAAGACCUCUGGAAACUGCUCAGGCUAUGUUUAGAUUUUCAGCAAUACCAUUUAGUGACUAUAUACGAACAUUCAUCGAAGGGCAAACGAGCGCUCAACGAAAUUCGGGAAAAUACACGACUCUUAGAAGAAAUUCCACUGUCACUGCAAAUACAUGGAGAAAGCAAAUAAGAUUUAAAGUUCAAAAAAUUGUAUAUAAUUCAUGUUUGAAAAGCAAUAAAUUUCUUGGGUACCUUCCGUUAUCAUCUGAAAAAGACUUAAGAAACCUAACUGUUGCGUCUAGAAAGAAACUCGAUGUCAACACUGAACUUUUGAAAAGUAAAAUCAAGUAUUCCUCUUAAUCGUGAAUAAGUUGAUUGACGAAAAAUAUAUUUCGGAUAGUUGUCUUUCAUUGUCAUAUAUCGUGUUGGAGUCGAGGGAAAUGAAGUGUUAUAAGAAUAACAAGACACUGGCUGUUCAAAAGUGCCAAAUUGAAAAUGUUGCCGGCUUGAAUUAAUUCCUCUUUUGAAACGGCCUCAGUCGAACUAAACAUGUAAAAUUGAAUAAUUGUGUGAUCUAUUCGCCGAAUGUUAAAGUUCCAGUUCUAGGUGACACCUUAGUGCUACUUCUUGAAAAGUGAUAUUUACAAACUGUGAUAACUGAAGGUAUAAAAAACUAUAAAGUCGUUCUUAAAGAAUGUUCAUGUGAACGGCGAAAGACAAUUAAGCUGAAUACAAUUUAUGAGCAGUAUUAUUUUAUCUAUUUCAAGUUUGAUCUCUUGUAUAUCAAUUUAAAUUUAUUUUCUUUCCUUUUCUUUCAGACAGUGUGUCAUUUUAUAUUUUAUGUACCUGUAAUUUCUUUUUUUAUCUAUUUAAACAGUUAUCAGUACAUGUAUAUUUAUUAAUAAA